AGAUUUAAUCAAAUCUUCCCGUGUAAAAUUGGAUCAUGCGAAUCUGAACAACAAGUGGGGGACAAAUUCGACUUUUAUUAAUUUCAAAGGAACAUGCAUAUGCCUCGCAAAGCUAGAAGAGGAACAAACCGCCAUAUUUGUUUUCCCCCGAGCUCGAAUAUUUAGAAACCCGCCGGCCGCACGCGUAGCUAGCUAGCAGCCUCAUCAAAAUCCUAAUAACAUGGCAAUCGCAUCAGCAGUGUCAAAAACGACGACGGAGACGGCGAGGGAGGUGACGGAAUUGGCGGCAUCGACGACACCAGUGGUGAUCUUCAGCAAGAGCUCUUGCUGCAGGAGCCACGCCAUCAAGACGCUAUUCGUAGGCUUGGGUUUCAACUUUACGGUUCAUGAGAUCGACAAGAUGCCCGGAGGCAGUGAAAUCCAGCAAGCCCUUUCACGGCUUGGAUGCAGCCCGCCGGUGCCCGCGGUGUUCAUCGGCGGCCACCUUCUAGGUGGAGCCAACGAAGUCAUGAGCCUUCACGUCUCCAAUUCCCUGAUUCCAAUGCUUCGCCGAGCAGGCGCUCUUUGAUUUUAUGUGUGUGUGUGUGUGUCUGUAUUUUCAGCUUGAUUGGUCUAUAUGCGAGUGUGAAAGGGUAAGAUUCAAACCCACAUCAUGAUAAGAAAACUAUAUGCAAUAAUUGAGGACAAAUUAGUGGGUUUCUAAUCCUUUGUUCAAUGUUCA